UAACAAAGAUCGUUUUGAAAUGAAUAGAUAUUUAUAUUAUUCCCCGGCUAUAUCACUUUUGCUGUGCAUUCUGCUCUUCUCCUCCGGACCUGCACAGUUUCUCUAUAAUCCGGAUGACAAUGUGGAGCAGCUGGAUUUCGCCUCCUUUGAAAGUGGACUUAGUGAGCCGUCAACGGGAAAGCUAGUGAAGUUUUUCAAUGGAUUCUUUAAGGACAGCCAACAAUUUAUGCCCGCAUUUAGAAAGCUAUCCCGAAAGCUUUACAAGUGGAAGCGUAUACUGAAAGUACAUGUGUUCGAUUGCGCGAAGGACGAGAACCUUAAGAUCUGUCGUAGUUUCAUCAUCCGUAGUACCCCAACCCUGCGUUACUUUCCUACGGCCUACCAUCGAGACCCAGAAGAUCUGGGUACCGAGAUCUCCAGUCGUAAUGUAAAGGAAAUUGAGUCGGAGUUGGCCCUAUAUCUUGCGGAACUAAAGUACUUUAAAUUGUUUUCGAGGGAGGACAAUGUGAAGGAUAUUUUUCGGGACCAUGAACACGUAAAGUACAUUGCCAUGGUUUUCCAGAUGUGCCUUUUUAACUUCAUGCCGCACUUUGAAACGGGGAAUUCCAUGGAGGAAAAGCAGGCUUCCCUGGACGACUGCAACAAGGAUAAUCCAAUAGUUGCGACCAUUGGAAGGAACACCCUUUUGGAACUGCUGCCCUAUAAUGAAGUCGCUGUGCGUGUCUUCGAUGAUCAUCAGGUUUACACCAAAUUUAACAUAUCACCAGUGCCAAAUUUAAUAGUUAUCUUAAACCGGAAUAUAAAACCGCUGUUCCUAACGCCCGAGGUGGACACCAGUGAGGCUUAUGUGGCUGCCAUUAGGCAAUUUCUUGAGUUUUCCGACUUUAAGCCGCAUAAACCCUUAUUAAAAACCCUACCAACAAACAUUACUGAGGCCUUGCGUUAUGAGAUUUUCAAGCAACACAAAAAUCGACCUCAACAGAUCUAUCGAGCCGAUCUGGAACGGGCUGUUGACCAAAUACUCAACGUGGAACUCCCCAAAACAUCAAACUUUGUUGGAAAAAGGCUAAGUGUCGUUAACAAUUUCCUAAGGCAGUUAUACUACCUAAGUCCUCUAAAACCAGAGGCCAAAGAAAAGCUGAACAACCUUUAUAACUCGAUGAAAAUUAAGAGCAGAGUUUCCGGAGUUAAAUUUAAAGAGUUGGUCUUAAAAGCUUUGAAGAAUUACACAUUUGACGGAAAGCAAUACGUUGGCUGCAUUGCCUCUCGUCCUUUUCUGCGCGGUUUUAACUGCUCAUUUUGGGCACUAUUUCACUAUCUUACUGUGGAGUCUGAAUCCUUUCAUGCGGGUGCCGUCGUACAGGUCUUCAACGGCUUUGUGAAAUUCUUCAUGGAUUGCAACGAUUGUCGAAACAAUUUACGGGAGUUUAAGAAGAUCCGACCACUUUCUGAUGUGACCCAGAUUGAUCAAGAAAUACUAUGGCUGUGGGAGGCCCAUAACUAUAUCAACAAGCAGUUGGCCGGUGGUUCUAGUGAGGAUCCAAAAUUCCCGAAGAUUCAGUUCCCAAGCGAAAGAGAUUGCCCCAGCUGUCGGGACAACCAAUCAGAGUGGCGCACUGAUGAAGUGCUGAAGUAUCUGAAGAGCAUAUAUUCCUUGAAAAACCUAAGUUGGUUCGGAAUGGCAUCUGCCAGUGCUUACACUUACUCUGAUUCCUAA